UGAAACAAGGGCUAAAAUGAAAAAUUGACAAGCAUAAAAGAAAAGAAAAAAAUUGUCAAUUUUCAUUGGAAACGCUCGUAGCGAAGUUAUACGUACAGAACUGAAGCUCUUUUGGCAAAAGGAAACAGCCUUCGACUCGUAGUUGAAAGUUGGAACAUCUCAAAGAUACUUCUUUAAAUUCAAGAUGGAGGUAGAUCAGGGAGACACAAUAGCUGACAGCAAUGCUGAAGGAAAUGAUGGUGAGUUAGAAGGGAGUGAAGAGUUUGAAGGUGAAGAGAACUAUGGGAAAUUGGAAGAAGAUGACGAUGUUGAAGCUGAGGAUAAUACCAGUCAGGUGGAAGGUGGUGAAGUUCUUGAACCAUAUGUGGGAAUGGAAUUCGAGUCAGAAGGUGCUGCAAGGAGCUUUUACAAUGAUUAUGCGAGGAGGAUAGGAUUUGUUGUGCGUAUAAUGCAACGUCGUCGUUCUGAGAUUGAUGGUAGAACUCUUGCUCGCCGACUCGGAUGUAACAAGCAGGGCUUUUCCGCCAGCAAUAAAGGGAAAAUUGGGCCAGACAAAAAACAACGCCCUAGUGCACGUGAAGGAUGCAAGGCAACUAUACUCUUUAAGGUGGAGAAAUCAGGAAAAUGGGUUGUUACAAGAUUUGUCAAGGAUCAUAACCAUCCUCUUGUUGUUACUGCUCACGAGUAUUCUAAAACACAUGAUAAAGAUGAGAAGAUUCAACAACUUACUCGAGAGUUGCAUAGGCAGGAUCAGCUCUGUACUGCAUAUAGAGAAAGAUUGCUUAAUUUUCUAGCAAGUGUUGAGGAACAAGCUCAGCAGUUGUCUUUAAAAGUACAAGAAGUUGUGAACAAUGUGAAAAGGGCGGAAGCUGAAGAAGCACAAGUUUCGUCUUGUAGAUAGACCUUAGCAGUUUUUUUACCCUACACGUGUGUUAAUAUUUGUCUAUAGUCCAACUCAGUUUCACUACAGAAUUAACUGCAUUGUGCUCUAUUCUUUUGUCUGAAAAUGAUAUAUGAGAUGUACUCUGUUUUCCGAUG